GUCGAUCGGUCGAUACUUGCUUCUUGCUAAGUAUAUUGUGUGACUGCUGCAGCUACAAUAGCUACGUUCUGUUCGCAAUUCUCAUUUCCGCGACUUUAUCGCGUCCAAAGCGGAUACGAUAUGCAUAUUGUUGAUAAAUUCGUACAAUUAUUGAGUAUUUGCCAUCGUGUUAUUGAAGGAAAAAAGCUACAGUGUGGUGUGUUCUAGUACCGAAGUUGGAUCGUAAUAAUUGUACCUCUGACUACAGCAUUUAUGCAGUCAUAAGAUGAAGUGUGGAGUAGAAAGUUCUCCUGGUCAUAAGUUUUCUGAAGUGAAAUGUGUCGUUGUUGGAGAUCGAUAGAUGAUGCGUUUUCGACCUUUGCUCCGCUUAAAAGAAUUUCAAAGGCAUUCAGGAAGCAGUAUUAAGAAGAGAAAAAAUUCUCUAUCAGAGUCAGAUUUGUUGGUAAAUCCUGCUUACUGAAUAGAUACGCCAAUCAACAGUACCAAGAGAUGGCAUGUUUACAAAACAGCUUCUAUUCGAUUCUCGCAAUGGAAGACGAAAAUUUCUUUAUGGAAUUAAUCGAUAUGGAUGGUCACGAAAAUGAUAGAUUUCGCAGCCUUUAUUAUCCCAAUACCAAAUUAGUCUUUCUAUGUUUCUCACUCAUCGAUCACGUAUCACUUCAAAAUGUCCGUACCAAGUGGUAUCCAGAAAUAAAAGCUCACUGUCCUAACACGCCGAUCGUUCUCAUAGGCACGAAAUUAGAUCUACGAUAUGAUAGAGAAACCAUCGAGCAUCUUCAAAAAUAUGGUCAAGCUCCUGUCAAACGUCUUCAAGGAUUAUUUAUGGCCGAGUCUAUCGGUUCUGUCAAAUACAUAGAAUGUUCGGCGAAACAACAGAAGAAUUUGAAAACCGUUAUAGACGAGAUUUUAGGACCAGUUUUGAGCGAGAUGUACAUGAGGCCAUCGCCGCAGCCGAAAACAAAAUGUGUUAUAUUUUGACUUAUAUAGGUAGGUACUCAACUAGGUACUCAUACUCGUCGAUCUUUGAACCCUGCCUUCAAAAACUCCAACAUCAGAACCAGUAGGUAGCUCAUAGUGCAGCUAGAUCACAACGUAUUGCACGUAGUAACUUACCCAAAUAAAUACUUCGGAACUCUGAAUCCAAAUCAAGAUGCAAAUAUUAUGAUACUGUAUUGUAAUUCGUGUAACACAAUCACUCACUAUAUAAAAUCAAUAAAAAUUGAAAAUAUUUUUUUGAAAAUAA